CAUAACAUGUCCAUUAGGUGAAGUAAAGUACAUAACAUUUAGUUAGGUUAGCCAGAAGAAAGUAUCAUGAAUUAAAUUUUAAUAUACAAAAUACUUAGUUAAAGAAAUAUAAAAUCAUGUUGAGACAACUUCUACAUUCUGUGUCUACGUUUAAACCAUCAGUAAAUCUCUACAAUUCGAAUAAUCAACCUAUAAAAACGAUUUUAACCCAAAGAUUCAUCUCAAAAACACAAAUCAAUUGGAAAAAAUCUAAAAAACGAGAGGUUGAGAGUGACUCUGAAGACGAAAACACCAAUACUUACGAAGAUACACUCGUCGAUAAAAACAGUAAAGUUUUAGAUGUCAAAGUAACAAAUCUGAGACUUGAUGGCAUUCUACGUGUGGGUCUUGGUUUGGCUCGAAACAAAAUUGAAGUAAACUUUUAUGAGAGCAAAAUACGACUUAAUGGAGAAAAAGUGUUAAAGAAGAGUGAAUCAGUUGGUAUAGGAGAUGAGAUUGAUGUUAUCAAAGGUCCAAGUCCAACAAAUCCGAAAUUAUUGAGUGUUGCAAGAGUUGAUGUGCUGAACAUCACACCAAAGGAUGAUUAUAUCAGCAUGAAGUUAAGGAGAUGCAAAAGUUUAUUGAUAGAAAACUAUAAUGAUGGAUGGAAGCCAAGUUAGCAAUUGUAACAAGUUCUAGAUUAAUAAUUGUACAAAUAUAAAUAGAAAAUUACCUAAA